AUGGGGGGGCCGGAGCGGUGGUCGCUGCUCUGGCUCUUGCAGACGGCGCUGAUCCGCGGCAUCGUCCUGACGGGGGGGCAGAGCCCCCAGGAGGGACCCCCUGAGCUGGGGGGGUGGUCCCCGACCCCCUCAUCCUCCUGGGCGCCCACAGCAGAGCCGGGAGCUCCGGGGGACCCCGAGGGCUCGGCGGCGGCUUUGGCUUUUCUGCAGACGGGGGAUGCGCGGCAGCUGGCGAGGGCGAACUGCAGCCGGGGGGUGCCCGCGGGAGCCCCCGGCCCCGGUCCCCCCCCGGGGCUCCGGGCCACCCUGCGUGCCGCCCCCGAAGCCCUGUCCCAGGCCGCCAAUUUCCUCAACAUGCUCUUCCAGACCAACGACAUCCGCGAGGCCAGCGUGGCCGAGGACGUGGAGUGGUACCAGGCGCUGGUCCGCAGCCUGGUGGAGGGGCACCCGUGGGUGCGCCGGGCGGUGCUGGCCCUCGACGCCCACCCGCUGGCCCCCAAGCCCCGGCUGAUGCUCCAGGCCACCAAAGGGGACGGGGAGAUCCUCCUGCAGGACGUCUCCACCUCCGCCCCCAGCUUGGGCAACCUCAGCUGGGACAACGAGUGGUUCAACGCCCCCAAAUCCCAGCGGAACCCCCCCCUCCGCAAGCGCCUGCUCAGCAACGACCUGCGCACCAUGGAGACCCCCAAGUGGCAGCGGGGGGACAGCUACGUGGGGGACUCGGGACACGUGCGGUGGUCCCCGCCGUUCCUCGAGUGUCGGGAGGGGAGGUUCCUGCCCGCCUGGGCUGUCACCCUCUCCUCUGCUUUCUACGGGCUCAAGCCGGACCUCAGCCCCGAGUUUAAGGGUGUCCUGCGGGUGGACAUCGACCUGCAGGAUGUGACCAUUGAUCAGUGUGCCAGCGGCCCGGGCUGGUUCACCAACACACACCUCUGUGACCUCAACAGCACCCAGUGUGUCCCCCAGGAGAGCUCUGGCUUUGUCCUUGGGAAGUACCUGUGUCGCUGCAAACCGGGAUUUUACGGGGCUGGCGGAGUGGCAGGGAUGAGGUGACCUCACCUGGCUGUGGCUCUGUCCCCAGGUGUGGUGGGGGCGGAUGGGGGGUCCCGGCUGGCGUGCUGGCCCUGCCACCAGGGCUGUGCCACCUGCGAGGAUGACAAACCCUGCCUGAUCCAGGAGGAUGGGGUGCUGCGGGCAGCUGUCCUCUCCUGCCAGGCCAGCUGCAUGCUGGCUGUCUUCCUCAGCAUGCUCAUCUCCUACCACUUCCGACGGAGCAAGAGGAUCCGGUCGUCGGGAGUCAUCCUCCUGGAGACGAUCCUCUUCGGAUCCCUCCUUCUCUACUUCCCGGUUUUCAUCCUGUACUUCAAGCCGAGCAUCUUCCGCUGCAUCGUCCUGCGCUGGGUGCGCAUGCUCGGCUUCGCCAUCGUCUACGGCACCAUCACCCUCAAGCUCUACAGGGUGCUGAAGGUGUUCCUGUCCCGCACGGCCCGGCGGGUGCCCUAUGUGUCGAGCGGGCGGGUGCUGAAGAUGUUGGGGCUGAUCCUGGUCCUGGUGCUGUGGUUCCUGGCGGCCUGGACCAUCGGGAUGCUGGAGAACAUCGAGAAGAACAUCCCACUGGUGAUCCGCACCCAGACUGCCCGUGGCCUCCACUUCUACAUCUGUGGCCAUGACCGCUGGGACUACAUGAUGGUGAUCGCCGAAAUGCUCUUCCUGCUCUGGGGCAGCUUCUUGUGCUACGCCACGCGUGCCGUGCCCUCCGCCUUCCACGAGCCCCGCUACAUGGGCAUCGCUCUGCACAACGAGCUCAUGAUCUCCUCCGCCUUCCACGUGGCCAGGUUCAUCAUGGUCCCCUCGCUGCACCCCGACUGGACCCUGCUCCUCUUCUUCGCCCACACCCACAGCACCAUCACCAUGACCCUGGUGCUGCUCUUCAUCCCCAAGUUCCUGCACGCCGGGUCGCCGCUGCGGGAGGAGAUCGCGGCCGAGGUGUAUGAGGAUGAGGUGGACAUGAGGCGCUCGGGCUCCUGCCUCACCGGCAGCAUCGCCUCGGCCUGGAGCGAGCGCAGUCUCGACCCCGAUGACAUUCGGGAGGAGCUGAAGAAGCUCUACAGGCAGCUGGAGGCGCUGAGGACACGGAGGAUGGCAGCCAACAACCCCCACCUCCCCAAAAAGCGCAGCCCCCGCCGCAGCCUCGCCCGCUCCACCCUGCGCCGAAGCAGCGGUGGGGAGCGGGGGGUGGGCACCCCGGCACGCCGCAGCUCCUCGGCCAGGAGGGUCCCCAACGCCACCCUGAGCAAGUCCCGCAGCACCGAGGGACCCCCCCGGGGGUCCCGGGGUGGCCCCCCCAGCCCCGCGUCCCCCGUGCCGGGGAGGAAGAUGAUGGUGAGGAUGGCCUCGGAGCAAUCCGACAGCGAGUCCCUGGAUGCUGCCCCCCUCAUCUGCAAGUCGGCCAGUGCCCAAAACCUGCUGGGGCCCGGGCAGCCCCCCCAGCCCCACGCAGCCCCCUUGCAGAAGUCUCUGAGUGUCGUGGCUGGGGCCCGGGAGGAGGCUCUGCUCGCUGCCAGCCGAGCUGGGUGGCAGGAGCAGCACAGCACCCAGCACCCAGCCACCCCCUCCUUGGGGCACCCCAGGGGCCAGGGACCCUCUGAGCAAGCCAGGACACCCCAAAGCCCCCAUGAAGCUGAUGCCAUCCCACCAGCCGGCUCCAUCCCUGCUGAGGGGAGUCCCCAGGAGGACACGUCCCCCCUGGGGGAUGGCAAGGUGCAGAAAAACGUCACCCACGGACCCAUCAAGAGCGUCAGCGUCGACAGCUCCCACCUGCCGGGGCGGGUGCGGGUGGCAGUGAAGAGGACCCCCCCACCACCACCCAUCCGCUGCCAGAGCCUGGGCCACCGUGCCACAGCAGCUGGGGACAGCCCGGAGCCACCCCUGGACCUCCCAGCAGAGGAUGGAAAGCUGGAGGGGACCGUGGGGGGAGAUCCAGGACAGGAGCCCCCGCCGGGGAGGAAGGGCAGGCUGCUGCCCACCCCCUCCAUCCCAGCACACGUCUGUCCCUGGGAGCUGAUCCAGGAUGACAUUCUGAGUCGGAAGCAAAAAUCCACUGAAGCAGCAGAACCGGGGUCCCCCGGUGACACAGAGGUCACCCCCACAAGCCUGAAGCCACCCCCCCAACCCACCUCCCUCCGGGGUCUGGGACUCGCCCUCAAAGCCUUCAACCGUUCCAGGGGGAAAAGCAUCCUGAGGGGGAAGAGAGAGGGUGAGGGGAGCCUGGGGAAGAGGGAGCAGGAGGGGGGCAGCAGGAGGGAGAGGUCCAGCCUGGUGGGGACAUCGGGAGUGUCCCUCGGGGGGAUCGGCCAAGGCUCAGCCACCAAAAGCCCUGAGUGGAGCAGGCAGAGGCCGGGCAGUGAGCCCACCACCCACCCGGGACAGGGGGACACGGGGCCCUGCCAGCACAACAACAAUGCUGGCACCAGUGGGGAAGCUGCAGGCUGGGGGGACAGCGGGGCAGAAGGAGAGGGGGACAGGACAGCCCCAGGGACAGAGGGACUGGCAGAGAAACCCAGCAGUCCCCUGGAGGUUGGGGAUGCAUCCUCAGGGGGCAAUGAGAUCCCACCCAGUGGUAGCCACCAAGAAGGAGCUGGAGGUCCCUGUGACAGCCCAGCAGUGGCCAGCAGUGGGAAAGCAGAGGUGUGGCCCCAGCAAAGGGAUGUGGCUGCUGUGGGGGAGGUGGGGAAGGAUGCUCCUGUGGCCACCAUGGAGGACAGGGUGGCUGAUGGGCUCAAGGGGGACAGGAGCUCCAUCCCUCCUCCUCCUCCUCCUCCAGACCCUGCAGUGGUGGAGCAGCCACACAGAGAACCCACCACGGGCAGCUCCCACCCACCCACUGCUGGGGUACAGAGAGUGGGUGCUGAGGAACUGGGGGCUGAGGUUUGUCCCCAAGGAGCCUCCAUCAGCCCAGCAGGGAAAGGAGCCUUGCUGCGCCAGGAGGCCGUCGCUUCCCGGGAGGACACUUGGGUCCCAGGAAGUCAGGAGAGCCCGGAAAAAGUGCUGGAAAAGAGCAAGAGCCAACCUGAGCCCCUGGGUCCUGGGGGGAGCUGGGGUGCUGGGAUGGUCCCCCCAAGGAGCUGCAGCCUGGAGAUGGCCCUGGGGAAGGGGGGCAGUAAGGGGGAACCCCUCGACUCCCAAGAAAAGCUGGGUGUGGAAAAACCUCCAGGAAACCCCCCAGAGCUGCCAAAAGGGGCUGUGGGGAAAAGAGCAGCCCCGAGGGCCAGGGCAGGGACAAGGGAUGGGGAAAGUGGCCAGAAAGGACCCCCCAGCAGUGGGCUCAUGGCAAAACCCCCAUCUCUGCCCACAACAUCCUGGAAACAAGGAGGAACCACUGAGAGCAGGAAAGCUGAUGUCUGCCCGUGGGAAGUGGAGGAUGAGCCGGUUCCUAAAUCAGAGAUCUGCCCCUGGGAAGAGCCCACAGCUCCAUCAGGGAAAGAGAGACCCAGUCAGGACACCCCUGGGGCUUCCAAAGGGGAAAGCAAAGCAAGGUCUGGAGGACUUGAAGACAUCAAAGCAAAGCUGGCAGAGCACAGGGACACUGGGACAUCUCCAAAGCUCAGUAGGAAAAGCCUGGAACGCUCCAAAGCAAAGCCCAAGAAAUCCCUGACUGUGGAGAGCAUAAAGGAGGAAAUCUGUCCCUGGGAGAGCCUGGACACGGAGCAGCCCCCAGAACAACCCCGAGCCAGGGGCCCAGAGCUGCCCAAAUCCCCUUCCAGGAAAUCCCAGAGUGUGGAGAGCCUGAAGGCUGAGGUCUGUCCUUGGGAGGUUCCAGAGCCUGAACCCACUGAUAAAGCUGAAAUCUGUCCCUGGGAAGUGGCUGCUCCUCCAUCAGGUAAAGAAAAACCAGGGCAGGACAAAGAUGCUCUGUCCACGGUGAGCAGAAACCUUUCAGCAACUCAAGCAAAAGCAGAGCGUGAGUCCAUCUGUCCCUGGGAGAGCCUGGACACGGAGCAGCCCCCAGCAAAGCUCAGCACUGGGAGCCCAAAGCUUCCCAAAUCCCCUUCCAAGAAAUCCCAGAGUGUGGAGAGCCUGAAGGCUGAAGUCUGUCCUUGGGAGGUUCCAGAGGCUGAAACCCCUGCUAAGGCUGAAAUCUGUCCCUGGGAGGUGGCUGCUCCUCCAUCAGGUAAAGAAAAACCAAAGCAGGACAAAGAUGCUCUGUCCACAGUGAGCAGAAGCCCUUCAGCAGGUCCAGGUCUCCUGAAAGAGACCCGAGACAUCAGGACUGCAAAGAAGGAGAAAGCCAGCAGUGACUCUGAGUCCAUCUGUCCCUGGGAGAGCAGGGACACAGAGGGAACCUCCCCGGGGUACAGCACAAGGAGCACAGAGCUGCUGAAAGCCAGCUCCAAGAAAUCAGAGAGCACGGGGAGCAUGAAGGAGGAAAUCUGUCCCUGGGAGAGCCUGGGCAUGGGACAGCCCCAGAAGAACCUCAGCCAGGAGCCCAGAGCUGCCCAAAACCCCUUCCAGGAAAUCCCAGAAUCAACCAAAGGGAGUCCUGGGGGGUCUCCAAGGGGGACAAGCAACAUCCCACCCCAGGCAGUGUUAGGAAGCAAAAUGAGAUCCCUGGGGAAGGGCAGUGGUGAGCGGGAGGCUGUCUGUCCUUGGGAGAGCACGGAGCAGCCCCCAGAACAACCCCGAGCCAGGGGCCCAGAGCUGCCCAAAUCCCCUUCCAGGAAAUCCCAGAGUGUGGAGAGCCUGAAGGCUGAGGUCUGUCCUUGGGAAGUUCCAGAGGCUGAAACCACUGAUAAAGCUGAAAUCUGUCCCUGGGAGGUGGCUGCUCCUCCAUCAGGCAAAGAAAAACCAAGGCAGGACAAAGAUGCUCUGUCCAAGGUGAGCAGAAACCUUUCAGCAACUCCAGGAUUCCACAAAGAAAUUGCAGAGAGCACAACUGCAAAGAAGGAGACAGCAAAAGCAGAGCGUGAGUCCAUCUGUCCCUGGGAGAGCCUGGACACGGAGCAGCCCCCAGCAAAGCUCAGCACUGGGAGCCCAAAGCUUCCCAAAUCCCCUUCCAAGAAAUCCCAGAGUGUGGAGAGCCUGAAGGCUGAGAUCUGUCCUUGGGAAGUUCCGGAGGCUGAAGCCCCUGCUAAGGCUGAAAUCUGUCCCUGGGAGGUGGCUGCAGCUCCGCAGGAGGAAGGAGCAGCCCCGGGCCAGGUGAAUCUCCCACCAAAACAAGAAGUGGGUGCCCCCAGAUCAGAGGAGAAGGGGAGCAGCGAGCGUGAGGCCAUCUGUCCCUGGGAGAGCCUGGGAACGGAGGAGCCUUCCCUGAAAACCGCAGCGGGGACAGAGCCAUCCCAGAAAUCCGGGAGUUCGGAGGGCAGGAAUGAUGCCGUGUGCCCUUGGGAAGCAGCUGAGCCCAGCAGCUCGGGGAAGGAGAAUUCCAGAGCCCCCCCGGGGAUGGGAAGGUCCAAGCUGGUGGCCGUGUCUGCGAUUGCUCUGCUGAAGAAACCCAAGGGCAGGUCCGGGGACAAAGUGGAGCACAAAGCCCUGCACCGAACCGGCCCGGGCAUCCAACCCCCCCGGGGCUCCAGGGACCUUCCCGGAACCAUCCCGGGCACCAGCGGGGCUGAGGUUUGUCCUUGGGAAGCAGGAGAGGAGCCCCCAUCCCCUGAUAAGAGCAGCACAGAGCCCAGGAAAGCCUCCGAGGUUUGUCCCUGGGAGGAGGAGAGCCCAGAACCCACCCUGGGUGGAGAGAGCGGGGCCAGCAGGAGCUCUGGGGAUGGGGACAAGGAUGGGAGGGAACCCAAACCCGAGGUCUGUCCCUGGGACCACCAGUAG